UACUUCACAGGCAGCUCGUGAUCAACAUUUAAAACCUUAGCAUGCUAACAGCAGAGAUUCCUAUGUUUAAUAAACAAUGAGUUAGAAAAAAAUAUUUUUUAUUCAUAAUUGCAUGGCAUAAAUCAUACUUAGUAUUGACAUUUCAGCAGUAUAUUGUAAUGUUGCAAAAAUUGCUUUGCAUUUGCAUCAUUUUCUGUAGAUUGCCGUGUCGAAUGUGUGCUUUAAUUUUCCAUCAUUAUGCAUAAUAACGCCUUAAGCUUUUUUCAUAAUAUAUUACAGCCUUGCUUAACAAUUUAAUGUUUAUCAUCAAAUCUCACACAUUUUGGUGAUCCGUGUCACGGUUAUGUGUCUGUUCCAUAUUGUCAUCACCUGGACAUUUGUUAAAUAUCACCUUAUAAUCCCCGCAAUUUCAUAGCAAAAAUCACAUAUAUCUUAGCAGAAAGUUAAAAAUGUUGCUUUUACUUCACUCAAGUGCAGCCAUGUACCCUGUUGCCAUGGGAACGUUAUGAAGUGAUGUGAUUAUGUGAUGUGAACAACUGCAAACAGUUUUUGCAAGUUCCUGCAAUUUUUGGCAAGUUCCCGCAAUUUCAUCACAUAAAAUUGCAUAAAUAUCCCGCUUUUUUUUAAGAAAACGUGCCACAAGAUCAAGGAUUUUUUGCACGCAACAAUCACAAAAAAACUCCAUGUUUUUCUGGAAGGACUGACUGCAAUAUAAACAUCUUUUGAUUAAAUUGGCUGUGCAGGUCAGUUCAACUUAAUAUUUUACAUUUGGCUAAUGGCGAUUUGUUAUAUAAAAAGCUAGUUGAAAUUGCAUAACUUUAUUUGUUAAUGAAAAUGCAUGUAAAAAAAGGUAAUGGGUUGAUAUGUGUCAGGAUCCUGACGGAACCUUGACUUGUUUUAAUAUUUAGUCCAGUAUGGCAGGGUUCUGACAGCACAGUGUUUUGUGUGGGCAAUGCGUGGUCUGUUUUGUGAUACUAAACCACGUAUUUCCUGUGUCUCAACACUUUUUACCCGCUCCCUUACCUGUUAUUAUUUUCACCUGUUCCCCUAAUUAGUUCUUUCUAUUUGAAGUCCUUGUGCUCAUUGUUCUGUCUAUGGUCCUGUCCCAAAUGGGGCACUUCAUGUGGACUUUAGGUCUCUGGCCUUAAAUUGCGCAUGCUCGCUUAGUCUACGAGUCCAUAGGGUGUCCCAUCUGUCAUUUUUACUCUCCGAAGUGUGCUCAUCAGCGCCCCCUUUUUCCCCUUGGUGUGGUCUCUGGCGAAGCCCGCACUGCAGCAGGUUUUGCACACUUUACCAACCCAGAAGUCCUUGACAGAUAUGAUUGAUCACAAACAUUUUUUUACAGUGUACUUCCAGAGCAAAAUGUAAAUGAUGGUUAAUAUUAGGACUGUGUCCCUACAGUGUGUGUAUAUGCGUGAGGUCUGUUCGUUGUUCUCCAAAUGCAAAUGUUCACAGCAUCAGCUUCCCUGAUUAGUGUUUAGACACAUUCAGUUUAUUAGUCGGUUGUUGACACAGGACAUUAUUUUGUCUGAAGGAUUAUUAACUUUGCAGGUGAUCAUGAAAAUCAUCUUUUCUUUGACAGCCCUGCAGAUCCUGAUCGCAAGUGAUCUAGUGAUCCAAAAAUCACUACAAGCAAGCGGCUGGUACUGCUCUCUUGUGAACAACUCCUCCUGCACAAAUCCCCCCAACUUUGUGAACUGUACAGAUAGUUCAAAUACUUCCUGCAAUGUAUACUCCUGUAACCAAACCAGUACAGGCUGCUCUUGUAUGGUCGGUUUGUACAACUGUACCAACAAUACUAAUACCAACUGCCAAUAUAAUACUCCAGAUCUCUGCUCCUGUAAAACAGCGACAUAUUCCUGCUCCUGUCUGUCAGAACUUGGGAAUCAAGAUUUGACAAGCGUCUCUCCAGAGCACGUGAUGGAUAUUGUUGGCCAGAUCAUAAAUAUCUCAGAAAACUUUAAAAUACCUUCUGACUUGGCAGAAAAUUAUUUGAAGGCUCUUGAUUCUGCUCAAAUGAGGAUUUCUGAAAUGUCCAGUAAUAUUAGCGAUCUGGCGGCCAAUGGGAACACUAUGCUAAAAGCCUACGAUGUCCUGGUGUCUGCACUUGUGGAGCCAACAAACAAUUUGAGUUAUAAGAAUUACAGUUACAACAGUACAGAAAUCAGAGUUCUUGCGAUUGGACCCAAUUUGACAACAGAAACCAUCCCUUCUGUCCAAACUAAAACUGCUCAAAUGGAUAUUGAUAUUCGUAAAUUUGCCCAGUCUUCAAGAAGGGCUGCUGUGUCUUUUAUCAGCUACGGCUCGAUGGAGGACAUACUGAAGGCAGACUUCUUCAAAACAUCAGAUAAAAACACAAAUAAAACCAUGAUGUCCAGUGUCAUCUCAGCUACCCUUUAUAACAGCACUGGAAAGCUCCUCGAUCCAGUCAACUUCACCCUCAAACACAUCAAAGAGUUAAACAACACUGGUAAUCCUUUCUGUGUGUACUGGAACAUCACUGAGUGGGUUGUAGAAGGUUGUUCUCUUGUAAAGACCUACAGCAACUACACCGUGUGUUCAUGUGGUCAUCUGUCAACAUUCGCUCUCAUCAUGCAAUUUGGCAGCCCACCAACAGAGAAUGAUCUUCUGGAGAAGGUGAAUUUGGUGGCUGUGAUCGUGGGUCUGGUGUUUCUUAGUUUGGCUCUGUUGACUUUUGCUUUCUGUCGAUGGAAACCUGGAGUGAACAAUGUAGCUCGAAUCAACCUCUGCAUCAGUCUACUGUUGGCUCAUCUUCUGUUCUUACUCACACAAAGCUUCCUGGAUCCCAUCAAACAUUACAAUGUGGUGUGUGCUGUGAUAUCAGGAGCUCUUCACUUCUUCUUUCUCUCCUGCUUUGUAUGGAUGUUCAUUGAAGCUGUGCUGCUCUUCAUCCGUGUGAAGAACCUAUCACAGAUCAGCUCCAGACAGAGGGCGGUGCUUAGCAGCAGAUUCUUGAUUGUGAUUGGAUAUGUGAUCGCUUUUGUUAUAGUGGGCGUGUCUGUUGGACUGGUUCCUGAAGGCUAUGGCAGUGAUAAAUGCUGGAUUAAACAGGAGAGAGGCUUCAUCUGGAGUUUUCUGGGACCUGUUUGCUUCAUUCUUGCGAUAAACACGAUUAUCUUCAUCAGUAUCAUCAUCAUUCUGAACUCAACUCUCAAAAAGCUCAACGCUGAAGUUUCACGGAUGAAACAAACCAAGAUUAUGGUUUUUAAAACUCUGGCCCAGUGUGUGAUUCUUGGUUGUCCCUGGAUUCUGGGUUUCUUCACUGUGAACAAUCAGAUGAUGGAGAUUCUCUUCCUGAUCCUGAACUCACAGCAAGGAACCUUCAUCUUCAUCAUCCACUGUGUCCUCAAUAAUGAGGUCAGACAGCAGUAUGGGAAGUGGAUGAGAGGUUUCUUUUUCAGAGACGAACCAAAAACCAUCAAAGAAUCAAAAACUGAGAAAGAAACUGUGGACUAGACUGUUCAUGUUUAGUAUGUUGUGAGCUCAUACAAGAGCUGUUAUUAAAAAACUGACUUUAUUCAUUACAGUGAAACACAGCUAAGCAGAAUACAUUUUAGAUGUUACAUUUUAUAUAGUCAUAGUCUCAUUAACUCUUAAUGUUACUGAUAAACAUUUAAUAUAUCAUGUGUAACUUUAAACCUGUCUAUACUCUACAUGUAAAUAUAAUAUUUUCAUUUGUAAUUCUGAAAAUUAACAUUAGGAUUUUAAAAAGUUAGGUUAAUUUAGAGACGUACACUAUCAGAAAAGGUUUUUAAUGUUUGUAAUAAAAGAAUCACUUCUAAAAGAGAUUUGUUGGUUCAACUUAACGCAAGUGUUUGUUGUAUGUAAAUUAAAUAGUUAAAUGUGAAUAAAUCAAUUAAUUUGUGCAAAUUUGCAUUUGUUAUCAGGAUGUAUUUUGUAUUGACCACAUUUGUAGUAAAACAGCUUUUACAAUUUAUGUAGUUUUUUUUAGGGAUGAUUAGCAUGAUCCUAUUGAGCAAAAUGAGCACAAAUAAAACUAUAAAAUAUGUUUAAAUCAAGAAAGGAUUUUAGCAGCAGGGUUUCUGAAUGUCACACACUGACUUGACACUACAAUGAAAAAUGAUGAAGACAAACUCAUGCUCAUGCCAAUAAUAGUUAUGUGGAAAUACAAUAAAUGAUUUGUAUUGUUUAUUUGUUAUAAAUAAAUGUAUUGCACAAUUAAAACACUAUUUUGUCUGCGUCAUAUUACUACAGAUUAUGCUUGAUUCAUUUUAAGUCACCCAAAAACUGAAA